AUGAACGGGGCUGAGGGCUCGCGCUCCAUUCGGGACCGGAAGAAGACCGUGUCUUUCAGCAGCAGUCUGUCUGACAAAAAGAUCAGCAGUGCGGCCGAUUGCAUCCAUGCCAUGGUGGAGGGCAGCGAGCUGAAAAAGGUCCGUCCUAACUCACGGGUCUACCACAGAUACUUUCUACUGGACACCGGGCUGCAGGCGCUGUGCUGGGAACCUUCCAAGAAGGACUCUGACAAGGCACGCAUCAGCCUGGACAGUGUGAGAGAGGUCCGCACAGGCCGUAACACGGAGACCUUCCGCUGCAGUGGCAUGUACGAUCACAUUUCUGAGGACUGUGCUUUCUCCCUCAUCUACGGAGAGCUGUACACCAGCCUGGACCUGGUGGCCCACAGUGCGGAGGUGGCCAACAUCUGGGUCACUGGACUCAGGUACCUGGUGCAGCAUGGCCAGCGGGCUCUGGACAUGCUGGCACACUCCCAGGACAGUCUGCGUGUGAGCUGGCUGGAGCACAUGUUCUGCAGUGCGGAGGAGGCUGAGCGGCUGGAUGAGGACGAGCGGGGCCUCAGGAUGCUCUCCGCGGUCAGGCUGAUCCAGGCAGUGAACCCGGGAGUCAGCAGCAACAAACUGGAGACCCGCUUUAGGGAGCUGCAGAGGGCCAGAGAGAGGGCUGGGGGGGGCUUGAACAACGGUGUGGAGGCAGAGGCUGUGGUCCGAAAGAACAACAGAGCAUUAAGGAGUGAGUAUGUGUCCAAAGCAGACUUCAUCCAGACUUUCCAUGACUUCUGCACGCGCCCUGAGAUCUACUUCAUGCUGGUGCGCUUCUCAAGUAAUAAGGAGUACCUGGACACCAAAGACCUGAGUCGCUUUCUGGAAGCCGAGCAGGGCAUGGCCAACGUGAGUGAAGACACUGCGCUCCGGCUGAUCCAGGCCUACGAGCCGUCACCGCAGGGCAGAGAGCGUGCCUUCCUCUCCCUGGAUGGCUUCAGUGCCUACCUGACCUCACCGGAGUGUCACCCAUUUGACCGUGACCAUAAGCUGGUGUGCCAGGACAUGAGCCAGCCCCUGUCCCACUACUUCAUCAACGCCUCCCACAAUACCUACCUCAUCGAGGACCAGUACCGUGGACCCUCCGACCUGUCGGGCUACAUCCGGGCAUUGCGCAUGGGCUGCCGCUGCGUGGAGGUAGACGUGUGGGAUGGGGAGGAGGGUGAGCCUGUGGUGUGUGCGGGACAUACGCUCUCCCCGCCUCUGCUCUUUCAACGCGUUUUGGAAGCCAUUGGGCGCUUUGCCUUUGUGGCCUCGGAUUAUCCGCUCAUCCUAUGCCUGGAGAACCACUGCUCCCCUCAGCAGCAGGGAGCCAUGCUAGAGCUCCUACUUACGAUACUGGGGGACAAGCUGUACCAGGACCAGCCUAUGGACGAGGAGCUGUAUCUACCCUCUCCACAAGCCUUAAAACACCGCAUUUUACUCAAGGGUAAGCGGCUGAAGCCCUCCUGCACAGCAGACGAGGGAGAGGUCAGCGAGGAAGAUGAGGCUGCAGAGAUGGUUGCGAAACUGAAAUCAAACUCUGUGAAUAAGGAAUCCAAAAACACAGCACAGAACAUCUCUGUGCACACUCCCAAACCUUCACCCAGAAAGCACCGCCUCCUCAGAGAGCUAUCGGACCUGGUGACCCUGUGCAGCUCAGUGCGAUUCACCAAUUUCACCACAGCACGCUACAGUCAGAAGCCGUGGGAGCUGUGUUCUUUGCCCGAGGCCUCUGCAGUGUGGCUGGCUGCGGAGAGCCCAGGGGAGUUUGUCGACCAUAACAAACGCUUCCUGACGCGAGUCUACCCCAGCCCUGCGCGCUCCGACUCCAGCAAUAUGAAUCCGCUGGACGUGUGGAAGUGUGGCGUCCAGCUCGUGGCCAUGAACUUCCAGACGGCCGGGCUCAUGAUGGACCUGGCCGCUGCGUGGUUCCGGCAGAACGGGAACUGUGGCUACGUACUGCGGCCGGCCAUCAUGCGCCAAGAGGUGUCGUACUUCAGCGCAGACACCACCGACUCGGUGCCCGGAGUGUCACCGCAGCUGCUGCAUGUCAAGGUGAUCAGUGGUCAGAACCUGCCUAAGCCCAAAGGCUCUGGGGCCAAGGGGGACGUGGUGGAGCCCUACGUGUAUGUGGAGGUUCAUGGGAUCCCAGCGGACUGCACAGAGAGGAGGACUCGGACUGUCUCGCAUAAUGGAGACAACCCCAUCUUUGACGAGAGCUUUGAGUUCCAUAUCAACCUGCCUGAGCUCGCCCUGGUGCGCUUUGUGGUGUUGGACGACCACUUCAUAGGAGAUGAGUUCAUAGGCCAGUACACCAUCCCCCUGGAGUGCCUUCUCCCCGGGUACAGACAUGUGCCUCUCCAGUCGCUCACUGGGGAGGACCUGCUUCAUGCCCGCCUCUUCGUCCACGUGGCCCUCACAAACCGCAGAGGAGGGGGUAAGCCUCACAAACGAGGCCUGUCGGUCCGCAAGGCUCGCAAAGGCCGCGAGUACACGGCCCUCAGAGACCUGGGUUUGCGGCCCGUGGACGACAUCUUCAAGAUGGCCACCCCGCUGUUGAGAGACGCCACUGACCUCAGGGAGAACAUGCAGCAGAACUCCAUCGGGCUGUUUCGGGAGUUGUGUGGUGUCUCAGCUGUGGCUUCGCUCAUGCAGUGUGUGAUUGCCCUACGCUCCACGGUGUCGGGGCCAGACGGGGCCCCUGUGCUGCUGUUUGACCUCAGAGACCACUUCCCCGCCCUGGUGCCAGUGGGGCCCCUGCCAGACAUUCUACGCAGGCUGCUGACCACCUACGAGCUGAUGGUGCAGGCGUUCCGGGCAGUGAUGGAGCAGUCUGACGGUCUGCAUCAGAGGAUCUUCCAUAUCCAGAACACAGCCAUGGACUUCCACGAGGGUCUUCAAGCCAUGGCCACGAGGGAGGGGCUGAGGGGCCGGAAGGUCAGCAGAGCCCUGGAGAGCUUCAGUUGGAACAUCACCAUCCUCAAGGGCCAGGCUGACCUGCUGAUGCACGCUAAGGCUGAGGUGCAGGAGAACAUGAAGCAAAUCCACGACACCGCUCUGACUGGGAACCUGUCCAUGCAUAGUCCAGGGGCUUGCAGAGUCCCAAGAGCUAGUCCAGACCACAAGAUGGUUCCAGUCAAGAACAGAGCCAGUCCGGACCACAAGAGAGUCCAGGACCGGAGCAGAGCCAGUCCAGACCAUAGGAAGAGCAAUCAGGGCACUCGGGGCCCACCAACGUAA